AUGGCGCUGUGUGGGUGCCUGCGGGCCGGCCGGGCGCUGCUCCGCGCCGCGGGGCCUCCCGCCCGCGGGGUCUGCGCCGCCGCCCGGCUCGCCUUGCAGCCGCCGGCCUUCGGGUUCCUGUUCGACGUGGACGGGGUGCUGGUGCGGGGCAGCCAGCCCGUGCCCGCCGCCCGACGCGCCUUCCAGAGGCUGGCGGACGGCAGCGGGAGGCUCCGGGUGCCCGUCGUCUUCCUGACCAACGCCGGGAACUGCCUGCGCUCGGAGAAGGCCCAAGAGCUGACCCGGGCGCUGGGGAUGCAGGUGUCUCCGGAGCAGGUGAUCCUGUCCCACAGCCCCCUGCAGCUCUUCAGCCAGUUCCACCAGAAGUGCAUGCUGGUGGCCGGGCAGGGGCCCGUGGAGGAGAUUGCCCACAGCCUGGGGUUCAAGCACGUGGUCACCAUAGAGGCCCUGAGGAAGGCAUAUCCCCUGUUGGACAUGGUGGAUCAGAGCCGGAGGCCAAAAGAACUGCCUCCUCCAACCACUGGCUUCCCCACUAUAGAAGGGGUGAUUCUGUUUGGUGAGCCGGUGAGGUGGGAGACAAGCCUGCAACUUAUUACUGAUGUACUCUUGAGCAACGGGAACCCUGGGGCAGAGCCACAAGAUGCACCAUACCCCCAUCUGCCUGUCCUUGCCUGCAACAUGGAUCUCCUGUGGAUGGCUGAAGCCAAGAUGCCCAGGUUUGGCCAUGGCACUUUCCUCCUCUGCUUGGAGAACAUCUACAAGAAGGUGACAGGCAGGGAACUGAAGUACGAGGCGCUGAUUGGCAAACCCAGCACGGUCACCUACCGCUACGCUGAGUACUUGAUCAAACAGCAGGCAGAGAAACAGGGCUGGAAGGCUCCCAUCCGACGCCUCUAUGCAGUUGGGGAUAACCCUAUGUCUGAUGUCUAUGGGGCAAACCUCUACAACAACUACCUCAAGUCAGCUCAGCAGAACCAGGUCCAGGCUGGGGUGAAGAGGAACCCACAGGCAGCCGGUCCCCAAACUGAGGAUUACCUUGAGCUGAGGAAGGACUGCAACAGUUCAGUGGAGAGCUGCGAUUCAAUCCUGGUCUGCACUGGGGUGUACCGCCACAACGACGGUGUUCCCAGUAAAACAGAGCAGUGCACGACCAAGGCGGUGUUCCAUGGACAUCGGGACUUCUGCUUUGAUCCCAGCCUGGUGGAGGCGUCUUACAUAGUGCAGGAUGUGAAUGAUGCUGUGCAACUUGCUUUCAAGAAAGAGAACUGGAGCUAGGGGCCGAGACACGUGUACCUAAAGAUCUGCUGUAAGGGAUUUUAUGUGCUGGAAAGGGAAGAGGGGAAGAAUGGGGAGAGACCUGGAGUGAUCUAAUCUAGACAACAUGAAAGAAAACUAAAGCACUUAAAAGCCCCUUACUUUUAUUGAUACUCAUCUGCAAUCCUGACAGCUGCCCACAGGCUUUUGACCGUGACGGUACAUUGCUGCCAUCAAUAACUGAGCCGUAAUGGAAACAGGGUAUAGGGAGAAGGCUUGUCCCAGCAACCCCAGUUUUGUUCAGCUAUCAGAGUUCUUUCUUUUUCACCCUUUGUGUGCGGAGAUCAGGCAAGCCCACCCUCCUCCUCUCGAUGUGUUUGAGGAUGAAGCUCUUCCCCGCGCAAGGAGCCACCGUCAGCCAGCGUACCAUUCCUACAAUGUGCUGUUUGCCCAGUCUGUGACACGAGCGCACCAGAAGCUGUGCUGUGGUGGCACCGUGCCAAGAGAAGGCUUUAAGUCUUAACACUCUCCUUGUAAAGAAUAAGUGCCUAUGGACUUUAACAAAUUCUGUUUGCUCGGGGAUUUGCCACUGCAUCACUGUCAGUCUGAAACAAAGUCCUGUUUUGCAGUCCUCUGGCAGCUACGGAGAGGCAAAGCCCCUCAAAGGAAGCUGCGAUAGCCAGAGCAACUUGCUGCAGGGCUGAGGUGAAGGUUAUAUUGUUCCCUUCUGCCUAUUUAGCAUUCUGUGAACACUCCUACCUUUUCACAUCCCACUAGGGAGCCGGCAGCCUGCUCUCAGAAGCAGGGGAAACUACCACAGUGUCUGAAUUUCCAAAGUUGUCUUUGCCCAGGACUCAGUGUUGCAGCAAGAGGCUCUUUUGGCACCCACACUGAUCCCAACUGUUGCAAUGAACAUCCACCUGCUCCAGCUGGCACAGCUUCUAUGAGGAGCCCUUAUUUGGAACAAAUGUUAAACAGAAAGAGUCACAGUCCACCUUUGCUGCUUCCUUACAUGCAAGGAUUUAAAGAGAAGAUCAAGCCAUGCUGGUACCAGAGUCCCAAAUCCCCAGUCUUCAUCUUUAGGAAUACAAAUGUCUCUCUGUAUUUCACUUCUUUUCUUCCUCUCAUGUGAUUUGCAGCUCAGGGAUACCCCAUACAGUCUGACCUCUGUUCCCUCCUCUUUAACAUGCAGGUAGAGUCCCCCCUAGCAGCUGGAACUUGCCUGCCCAGGAACAUUUCCAUGUCCCUAACAACAUCCACCUUCAGUUGCCUCUGUUCUCCUAGCUCAGGCUGUCCAAAGAAAGAUAAAGACUUGUGUCUCUGUAGACAUUACAAAGAAGAUGAGCAAGGAUUGCAUGAGAAACUCAUGUGAAAGAUUGGCCCAGCAAAGAGUAUCUUAAUUCUAGAGGAGCAUUGUGAUUUUAGAAGCACGUAUCAGUCUGCAUAUGGUGAAAAGCUUUGGAGCCAACACAACUGAGUUGGUGUUCCUAGUUCUACUCAUCUCACACAACACUGAAAGAUCAGAAAUAGAUGUGCUCUGCUUCUUCUUCCCUCCCUCCUGCUUUACCAGGCAGCUCCAUACACAGGGUACAAACAAAAUGUUCUGCGCAGAAGUUUGAGUUCUUAAUUCAAGUCUCAGCAUCCAUGUGCACUGAAGUUCUGCUUCAGCAGCUCUCUGUCCUCUCAAGAGUUAUGUAUAAUCCAAGAAGGUCACUGCAGUGCAGGCUCUGUUCUUUUGUUGUGCCAGACUCUGCAUCCCAAAGGGGACUGGAUGCUCUGUCAGUGACCCAGGCAAAAGAAGUCCUUCGCUGUGGCUUCUUUCUUUCUCUAUCCCUUACUUUAUGAAUAGGAGCAGAAAAAUCUCUGUUUGCAUCAAUUUUCCUCCUGUGAAAUACAUAGUGGGAAGUUUCUUCCUCUCUUAGCACUGCUUGGGGUUGUCCUCCUUUGUCUCACCAGGAUAAGAAUCACUUGACUACUUCUAAAAGCAGCUGUAAUGUGAAAAACACAGAUUAGGAUCCUUUUCCUUUCAGUGGAGAGAAAAAUUACCAUUUCAUCCAGUUGCACAAGACAAGAGCUUGUCUCCAGUAUCCAGAAGAGUAAGCACAGGGAAGGACUUCACAUACAACAUAGGGAAGGUCCUUUUCUUUCAGUGCAUCUCCACAGUCACAGUUGUGCUGUAGGCCUGGAGUGCAAGGCCUGGAACUGGAGGUCCAAAACACGUUUAAUGAUAAACUAGCUGAGUGUCCCUCAGCCUUGCUUUUCAGAGGUGCCAUCCAGUGCAGAAAGAGGAAUGCUCCCUUUGCUUGC